AUGGAAGGGACUGUGUUCACGCCUUGUUUGGAAGGAAUGAAACAUGUCAAGUCUGAACAUGGCGAGAUGCUUUCUAAGCCUUUUCUUGACGUCUGCAAGACCAUCUUGCCUGUUUUAGAUAAGUUUGGACCAGCUAUGACUCUCGUGAAAGCUGACAUUGGUGGCAACAUAUCGAGGUUGGAGAAGAACUACUUGUCUGAUCCAGACAAGUACAAGUACUUGUACACCUUUGUUCAAGGUGAAAUUGAGUCUAAGACAGCUAAAGGAUCCUCUAGUUGUACCAACGGUCUUCUCUGGUUAACCAGAGCAAUGGAUUUCUUAGUGGAGCUGUUCCGCAACUUGGUAGCACAUCAAGACUGGUCAAUGUCACAAGCCUGUGCCGACUCAUACCAAAAAACACUCAAGAAGUGGCACGGAUGGCUUGCUAGCUCUAGCUUCACUGUGGCUUUAAAGCUUGCUCCAGACAGGAAGAAGUUCAUGGAUGUCAUAUCUGGUUCUGGUGACAUCUACACUGACAUGGCAAUGUUUUGCUCUGAGUUUGGUCCGUUGCUUCAAUAUAAUCAUAAGUUCUUGGCUAGCGUUCGUAUGGACGACAUGAAAGCUUCUUAAGCCAUAAUAUAUGGUUUUGGUUAUCGAUGUUACCGUAAUCUUCUUUGCCGGAAACGUUUUUACCUUUCACUUUGGGAUUUUAUAACUUUUAGACCCUCCAAAGAAACAUAAUAAUUUGUCCAUUUCUAUCUGAAUGUUAGUUCA